AUGGAGGUGGACGUGGACGUGGACGUGGACAUGGAGGUGGACGUGGACGUGGACGUGGACAUGGAGGUGGACAUGGACGUGGACGUGGACGUGGACAUGGACGUGGACAUGGACGUGGACGUGGACGUGGACGUGGAGUGGACGUGGAGUGGACGUGGACGUGGACAUGGACGUGGACGUGGACGUGGACGUGGACGUGGACGUGGAUGUGGACGUGGACGUGGAGGACGUGGACGUGGACGUGGACGUGGACGUGGAGAAUUGGACGUGGACGUGGACGUGGACGUGGACGUGGACGUGGACGUGGACCUGGACGUGGAGGACGUGGACGUGGACGUGGACGUGGACGUGGACGUGGACGUGGAGAACUUGGACGUGGACAUGGACGUGAACGUGGACGUGGACGUGGACGUGGAGGACUUGGACGUGGACAUGGACGUGGACGUGGAGUGGACGUGGACGUGGACGUGGACGUGGACGUGGACGUGGACGUGGACAUGGACGUGGACAUGGACGUGGACGUGGACGUGGACAUGGACGUGGACGUGGACGUGGACGUGGACGUGGACGUGGAGUGGACGUGGAGUGGACGUGGACGUGGACAUGGACGUGGACGUGGACGUCGACGUGGACGUGGACGUGGACGUGGACGUGGACGUGGACGUGGACCUCGACGUGGAGGACGUGGACGUGGACGUGGACGUGGACGUGGACGUGGAGAACUUGGACGUGGACAUGGACGUGAACGUGGACGUGGACGUAGACGUGGAGGACUUGGACGUGGGCAUGGACGUGGACGUGGACGUGGACAUGGACGAGGACGUGGACGUGGACGUGGACGUGGACGUGGACAUGGACGUGGACGUGGACGUGGACGUGGACAUGGACCUGGACAUGGACGUGGACAUGGACGUGGACGUGGACAUGGACGUGGACGUGGACAUGGUCGUGGACGUGGACGUGGACGUGGACGUGGACGUGGACAUGGACGUGGACGUGGACAAGACGUGGACUGGACGUGGACGUGGACGUGGACGUGGACGUGGACCUGGACGUGGACGUGGACGUGGACGUGGACGUGGACGUGGACGUGGACAUGGACGUGGACGUGGACAUGGACGUGGACGUGGACAUGGACAUGGACGUGGACGUGGACAUGGACGUGGACGUGGACCUGGACUUAGACGUGGCAUGGACGUGGACGUGGACGUGGUCGUGGACGUGGACGUGGUCGUGGACAUGGACGUGGACGUGGACAUGGACGUGGACGUGGACGUCGACGUAGACAUGGACGUGGACCUGGACGUGGACGAGGACGUGGACGUGGACAUGGACGUGGACGUGGACGUAGACAGGGACAUGGACUUGGACAUGGACGUGGACGUGGACAUGGACGUGGACGUGGACAUGGACAUGGACAUGGACGUGGACGUGAACGUGGACGUGGACAUAGACGUGGACGUGGACGUGGACAUGGACGUGGACGUGUGGCGAAAUAAGCAUUUGCACUCUAAGUUCCCAUACUGA